AUAUGUCGAAAAGCUACCUGCUUUCCUGUUCGUCCAUAUGUUUCUUCUUUUUCUUCUUUUUUUUGCUGUUCUUCACACAGCCUUCUUGCUUUAGCUACUUAUUACUUUACUUAAGUACUGGGUGCCUACCUCUUGAAAGAAACUCCUCACGCGGGCUCAAGUCGAGCAGCUCAACCGCUGCUACUAUUCCUCCUCGCAUUUUAGUCAGUCGUAUGACGUCCUUUGUGGGUUAGCGUGCUGCUUGCUGCUAGUCUGUUCUGGUUUCAUUAACUGAGAAAGUGUUCGAAGAACUUGAUAAUAAAAAUUGUUCUAAUUAUUUUAUUAUAAUAUCACCAGCGCAUGUGAGUGACUUUUUCAAUGUACUCUCGGCUUUUCCGGUAAAAGUGUAACUUUGAUGUUCGUGUGCAAUAGUUAAUUCGUUGGUUUGAAAAAUGUGAGCGGAUUUUUUUGAUGUUCAAGCCGGCAAUGUGGUGGAAUUAAUGGAUUUUUGAAAAAAGAGCAUGCAAUGUGCGUCUGCAAUCGGACAUGGACAGUUUUGCAUGUAAUAUGGAGUGUGAUGUAUGUGUGCUGUGGAGCCGCCCAACUUGUUGCCGGGAUAUUUUUUGUUAUUUCGUUACCAGAACUACAUCUUAGCAGUAACAUAUGGGCGGGGGCCUGGAAUAUAAUAAUUGGAAUAGCUUCUGGAAUGGUAGCAUGUUUCGGAAGAUUAUCUGCACGACGUCAAGAACUUUUGCUUUUUAUGGCAAUAUCAAUACUAAUAGUCAAUGUAGUUAAUGCAGUGCUUAGCGAAUGGAAUUUCUAUUGGACUGAUAUGGUCCAGAUAUUGGAAGACCAUCAGUACAACACGCUUAUUUAUUUCGCGAGCUAUGCUACCCGGAUAGCUGCAGGAGUUGUAAUAGGAAUAUCCUUUUUGGACAGCCAAUUAGCAUUUUGUUCAAUUCAAGUUGCACCUAAGCAGAACACAAGUAAAGCACGCAGAUCUCAAGAACAACUAUCUGACAUAGAGUAUAUCAUUCCUAGGCAAAAACCUCCGUCAUCGACAUCUUUAAAACCUCGAAAUGGAUACAAUGCUUAUGCCCAAAGCUGGGUUUUUGAUGCUGAUGAAGCAGGCUGCUCUAACAUUAUCCAACAUGAUGCUACUGACCCUUCUACGUACCUGAAACCGCCCGAAAAUGGGAUUCCAAAUACUAGUAUUAAGUUACAAAACAAUCUAAAUGAGAUGGGUAACGGCUUCGUCAAACAGAACGGACCAACCCUGUCGACUGAUAAACCCGUCGUUAACGUUGAAGAAGCAUCUGACGGAAGCGGUAAUAAUAGCGAUAGAAAACUUAAUUACAUGAAAAGCUUCUCCAGGUCAACAUCUCCAGCAGUUCUUUCGGCCAGUUCAUCCCAGAUAAGCUUAUGCACAAGUCAGCCCGCCAGCGUCCCCAUUUACGAAUGUUUGGAGAAGUUGACCGAGCCAUCGGUCUACAGAUCAAGACUGAAUACAGCCCUGAGUAACAGGGAUGAAUCCGAGUGCCAUUACCAAGCUCCAAAACCGGUAGCCGCUCUUCGUCGACCCGAAACGCCCCAAGGAGAAAAGGUCCAAUACGCUUCCCUCAUGAAGGAACUCCAAAAAGCCAUAGUGAGCAAGAAAGACAACAACGUGUCUUCGCCUGAGAGCGCCAGUCAAACGAAUUCGAAAAGCAGUACCGAUUGUAAGAACAGCGACGCAGAGUUCUCCAAGGAAUUGGAAGCUGCUCUCCAAUUGAUCCAGGACCUGGAGAGUCCUAACACUAUCGAAACAACGUCGGAACCCAAGUCGUCUGAUAUACGACCGUGGAGGAGUGAAAGUGACAAAACGUUGAACGCUAUAGGAUCCUCUGAAUUGACGUCGCCGAUGACCGAGUUCCAGACUGACCUCACAACGUCCUUCAAGCCUGGUAAGAGUGCUCCUUGUGUUGUUGUUUUGAACAGCGAUUCGCAAAGCACCUCCGGCUAUUCCUCCCCCACGCACAAAGCCAACUGGUCCACCUCAUCCUCUGUCAGUGAGGGCAACAACGAACUGGGCAAGCCCUUGUCCUAUUCUAUACACAACACUAAAUCCACAGCUGUCAUAUCCCUCUACUCCCACGAUACCUUGCAAUCUAGGAGUAAAGCCAUAACUCUAGUUACAAUUAGUGGAGACAACAGACCUCUACAGAGUCCUAGAUCGGGCGAGGAUGAUGAAAAUAACAAUCCAAAGAGUAGGCUGGCUGACGUGGAAUAUUCGAAAUCGAGAAGACCUUCCCUAGGAUCCGCCCACGGAUGGAACGUCAAGUCGAUAUUGCGGAAGAAGAAGCAUAGCUUACCCAGAUUGUGCCCCGAAUUGGAGGGGGCGAUUUUUAAGUCAGAAAGCCUUGCUUAUCUGACAGACAUCGAACUUCUUGAACGCCAUAAGAGAAACAAAGAAAUUGAAAGGGAAAUCGAGCAACGUGUCCAGCAACAAAUAUCUGCUCCAGCAAGGAUUAAUGAUACUUUGAAGUACUGAAUAGGGGAAGAUGAUUGGUGGAUCUUAAAAAAAAAA